GGGCCAGCGUGCUUGGUCACGUGAUGAUGCAGGACGUAGACGCGAUGAAUUGAGCUGCACAAUCAUCGCCGUUUCUAAAAUAACUUUAGUUUAUUAUACUUUGUAAAUUCUCCUGUGGUAACAUCCUUAGUGAUUUACAGCAGCAGAGCCACCGUCUUUCAUACAGCUCAUUUUGACACGCUGUAAACGGAAGAGGAGAGAAGCUAACCACUGCGGUAGGCUAACGGACGUCUCCUCCGCUCGCGUGCAGCUCUGCUCCGCUGCCGUCAUGGGAGGCUCCGUGCUGCCGCUGCUCUCCGUCGUGCUGUCCGUCUGCUCCGCUGUGGGAGACGCGGAGGGACCCCCUCACGUCGACGGUUCCCCUCCUGCUAAGAUCGCGGUGGUUGGGGCAGGCAUCGGAGGCAGUGCCACGGCCCACUUCCUGAGGCAGCAUUUCGGCCCAGAGGUUCAAGUGGACGUGUUUGAGAAGGGCGAGGUCGGAGGUCGCCUUGCCACCGUGACCGUCAACCACAACGACUAUGAAUCUGGAGGAUCCAUCAUCCACUCCCUCAACCUCCAUAUGCAGGAGUUUGUCAAACAGCUCGGUUUGAAGUAUCGCCGCAGUGUGGCUGGAAAGACAGCGGUGUUUAAUGGUGAGGAGGUGAUUCUGGAGGAGACAGACUGGUAUCUGCUGGACCUGUUUCGGCUGUGGUGGCGCUACGGCAUCAGCUUCAUACGCCUGCAGAUGUGGGUGGAAGAAAUUAUGGAGAAAUUCAUGAGGAUAUACAAGUACCAGGCUCAUGGAUAUGCCUUCAGCUCGGUGGAGGAGCUGCUGGACUCUCUCGGGGGGAGUGGGUUUAUCAACAUGACCCGGAGGCCGCUCUCUGAUUCCCUGCUGGAGCUGGGUGUGUCGCAGCGCUUCAUCGAUGAGGUCAUUGCACCGGUCAUGAGGGUCAACUAUGGACAGAACGUCAGCAUCCCUGCCUUCAUAGGCGCUGUUUCUUUAGCUGGUGCCCAGAACAACCUGUGGGCGGUGGAAGGAGGAAACAAGCUGGUGUGUUCUGGCCUGCUGAAGAUGGCCAAUGCUAACCUGCUGCGAGCACAAGUCAACGCCAUCACUCCCAUUCAGUCUGGGGAGGCACUCCAGUACCAGCUCAGCUUCACCUCAGCAGCAGGAUCAGAAUCAGAGCUGUAUGACAUUGUAGUGCUGGCAGCACCGCUCCAGACUGGUGUCGAGCCUGGAGUCCACUUCCAAGGAUUUACAGCUUCCUUUGACCAGCUCCUCAGAGACUAUCACAGCACUGUAGCAACCAUUGUCCACGGUUACCUCAACACCUCAUUCUUUGGCUUCCUGGACCCUCGCCUGUUCCCCUUCGCCAGUGUCUUAACAACUGAGAAGCCUGAUCUCUUCUUCAACAGCGUGGCCAGUGUUUGUCCCGUCAACAUCUCGGCAGGCUUUCGUCGUAAGCAGCCACAAGAGGCUGGAGUCUAUAAGGUGUUCUCACGACAACCCUUGGACAAGUCUCAGCUGAAAACACUUUUCAGGUCAUACUACUCGGUGCAGGUGACAGAAUGGAAAGCUUAUCCUCAUUAUGGUAGCAGCCAGGGCCUGCCGCCUGUGGAGCUGCACCAGAAUCUCUACUACCUCAAUGGCAUCGAGUGGGCCGGCAGUGCAAUGGAGAUGAGCUCAGUAGCUGCCAAGAACAUCGCCCUGCUGGCCUACCACCGGUGGAACAGGCAGACCGACAUGGUGGACCAGAAGGACCUCAUGCAUAGGAUCAAGACUGAGCUAUGACCUCGCCAAUAGCCAAGACACGCACCAGCAAGUGUCUCAUGGGUUUCUUCUGUUCUGGGAAAAUCACACAUGACCCAUAGCAGACCAGGUUAGAAUUGGACUGAAUCUGGUUAAGGUAUGGCUGCACAACGUGUGAAAUGUCAAAGCUAAAUGACAGCCUUCAGUAGAAAUCAGGCUGUGUUGUCAAUGGACAUUGGGUUUCUCCCUUGACGUCGCUCAAAAAACCGCAGACAUGCUGUACUACUGAUUGUUCCCACCUAGCUGUGUCCAAUAGCAUGUAUUUAAAUAUAGAACGAGGAUUAUCUAUAUUUGUUCUGGCUCAUCUACUUUGCACUCGUAGGCCAUAAUAUAUGUCCAAUAAGUUCCAAAUACUCAAGGUUACAUUGAAAUUGAAAGUUUUGAUGCAGCGCAGAUUUUUAAAACAGAGUUUUCAUUCAAUAAGCCUUAGAGCAUAACACCCUUCUGCUGCAGGUGUCUGUCAGGUCAGCCUCAUAUCUAACUGGCUCUUUGACGACCUCUACUGUAGGCAGACUACGCAUUCAGUACGUGGUUUCUGCUGCAAAGCUUUGGAUGUAGAAAAUGUCUGCAUUAGGUGAAUAAGAAGUUAAAUAGUAAGUGAUUCAUGAGACCCCUCAUUUUGUUUGCAUAUGUUGAUACAUACAUAUCUAUAGUUUGAAGUAUAAUACACCCAGUUCUCAAAUCUGUUGUUUAAAACUCAACCACUAAAGACAAAUGUGGUUCUGUCUAAAGACUCCAAAGUUUACAAAGUACAUUGUAUUAAUGACAUGUUUUUCGCUCUGAUACUGCAGAGAAAUGAAAUGUGCUACAGUGCUGCUUGGAGAUUUGUUGCUAAUCCCAAUUAAUGGUUUCAUCCACACAUUCAGCUGCAGGCAGCUUUGCCAACGGUUAUAAAACGAAGCAUCCCAGGAAAACACCAGCUGAUAUUUAUCUCACUGGGGAGGAAACGGACUCUGGGGAGCAAUUUUUCUUGACUUUCUGGUGCUGUGAAUUAGCAUCAAUUAGAUCACUGGCAUUUCUCUGUGUAAAUAAAUACUAGUCAGUCAUUAACUUCAUGAAAUACAGUAGCUACACUUCUUGUACUUUCGAAUAACAAUUGGAAAACAACUUCAGCUCUGCUUUUGCCUUCUACAGGUGUGAGGAGUCAGUGCACAUGAGGUUUGCACAGAGGAGAUCUCCAUAAUCUCCUGGAUUUUUGCAAUGAAUAGUAUUUUCCUCAUUGAGCAGCUCGUGGUAGUGGCCACAGGUGCUAUGCUCUGUUGCUUCUUUCAUCAGACUGUUUCUUUAUCCCUCCCUUCCUGCUGCUUUUGUUACGUAAUCCAGUGAAAAGAGUUUUUUUCAGGGACGGGAGCCAACCGGCUUUCAUGCUGGACCACAUGAAAGCAAACGACUGAUCUGCUGGUGAUGAUGAUGCUUUUUUACCCCCUUCUGUCUUUUUAAGAAUCCCUGUAAUCCUGGAACAUGAAUAUGACAACAGAGAUGGAUAUUCUUCAGCUCAAGGAGUGCUGUUUUGUUUUGUUAUGGGAAGAAACUAUUGACUGUUUAUGAUCUUUGUAAGACUGAGUUAUGUCUGUUUUGGAGUUCAGUUGAAAACCCCAUGAUCCUGUCCUGAACAUGAGAUGAAUGUUAUUUUUGAAAUGUGAGUAAGCGAGUGUUGCCUUGUGAUUAGGUCAAACUGCUGUUUUUAAUAUAAUCAUUAUUAACUUUCAUGCAUAGUCAUGCAUAAAAGUUCAUUUCUCAAAUGUUCUCUAAUGAGGCAUGUUCCAACAUAUUUCAUGUAAAUAAUAAAACUGUUGUUGCUGAACAGUUAUUCUAAAAAUAAAGAUAAAGACACCAGUCUGGAGAAAGGA